GGGCUUUGGAUGGGGUUGUUCAUUUCCAAUUGCUCCGCCCAGCACUCAAAGCGUCUUCCCCACCUCCCCCAACCAGCAGCAGAAUGUGCAACAUGGUAACGAUGCAGACUGCCCUGCCGUCGUUUGUCGAGGACCCCGCCACCGUGUCGGCCUCCGGCAAGCUGCUGUCUCUGCCCACCCUCAACAUCUCGGUCCAGCGCGAACGCUCGAGCGAGCGGUAUUCGCAGCGCGCAAACGGUGUCUCGUUCCAGAGUGAAGCCUUUCGACUGCGCACGCAGGCCAAGAUCUCGGAGCUCGUGCGAACAGCCACGGCCUCGACUGAUAUCUGCAGCAACACCAACGCGCUGCUCGCCAAGAAGGCGCUCAAGUACCGCCGCGUAUUGGAACGACGCCAGCUCGCCAACGCCGCCGUGACGUGCUAACCGUCCUCGGCAUCCCCACACCUAUUUAUUCGCCAAAAGUGCUAGUAACAUCAUCCCAUACACGUAUUCAGCCCAAAGUGGGCGUUUCGUGCAAUUCCGCUUAACC